AUGGAUGUGGACGUGGACAUGGACGUGGACGUGGACAUGGACGUGGACGUCGACAUGGUUGUGGACGCGGACGUGGACGUGGACGUGGACAUGGACGUAGACAUGGUCGUGGACGUGGACAUGGACAUGGACGUGGACGUGGUCGUGGACGUAGACGUGGACGUGGACGUGGACUUGGACGUGGACGUGGACGUGGACAUGGACGUGGACAUAGACGUGGACAUAGACGUGGACGUGGACGUAGACAUGGACGUAGACGUGGACGUGGACGUAGACGUGGACAUGGACGUGGACGUGGACGUGGACGUAGACAUGGACGUGGACGUGGUCGUGGACGUGGACGUGGACGUGGACGUGGACAUGAAGGUGGACAUGGACGUGGACAUGGACGUGGACGUGGACGUGGACGUGGACAUGUACGUGGACGUGGACGUGGACGUGGACCUGGUCCUGGACGUGGACAUGGACGUGGACGUGGACAUGGACGUGGACGUGGACGUGGACGUGGACGUGGACAUGGACAUGGACGUGGACGUGACGUGGACAGCGGGUUCCCUGUGGAACUCUGCCUAG